ACUCUGUCCAUCUGAUCUGCGUAAUUUUGUAUUCAAAAUACGAAAUUUCAACAAUGGUUGUUUGUUUAAACUACCUGAGUGGCUUUUGUCCAGCUGGACCAUCUUGCCUCCACGAGCACAGAGAAAGGGGCAACUUCCCCAACAUAAUCAAAGAUCAGUCAUUCGAGGAAGUGCGGCUGCGUCAUUACGAUGCUAAGCGGUUGAUUCCCCUCCAAUCCCUUGAACCGCCUGACUCAGCCUCUAGUCCCCCCGGGAGGGAAUGCACCCAACAGGAAGUUGUCACCAGCUCGACAAGGAGCGAGUUUUGCGACAAGGCCACUCCCACCCCGCCGAAACUGGGCAAACUGCCAGCACCGCAGAAGAUCAUGGAGUACCUGGACCAGCAUGUGGUAGGCCAGGAGCUAGCCAAGAAGGUUCUAGCGGUGGCAGUGUACAACCACUACAAGCGUAUCCAGCACAACCAAUCGCAGGCAAAGCAGCAGGGCGGAUUCUCCCUAGAUGACAUUGUAAAGCAGCGGUGCGAGUCCGACCUGAAUGACAUUCUAAAGCUCGCGCAGCUGGACAUCUCUGGGAGCGAGAGCACGCCCAACAGCACGUCGAAGAAUGAGGAGAAGCCCGAUCGCCCACGUUGUCAAUCCAGCGACAUUCAGCUGGAAAAGAGCAACAUCAUGAUGGUGGGGCCAACGGGCUCUGGGAAAACGCUAAUCGCUAGGACCAUCGCCAAGUGCCUGGACGUUCCCUUCGCCACCUGUGACUGCACCUCAUUAACGCAGGCGGGCUACGUGGGCGAGGACACCGAGAGUGUACUCUUAAAGCUGCUUCAGGAUGCCAAAUACAACGUGGAGCGCGCCCAAACUGGCAUCGUUUACCUGGACGAGGUGGACAAGAUUUGUGCUACGGCAGGUUUUAAGCAUCGUCGGGACAUUGGCGGCGAGGGCGUCCAACAGGGCAUGCUGAAGAUGCUGGAGGGCAGCGUAGUGCACCUGAUCGAACGGAAGCAUCAAUUUGGAAGGCAGGAACACUGCUUGGACACUACGAACAUCCUGUUCGUGGCUUCCGGCGCCUUUAACGGUCUGGAAAAGAUCAUCGCACGGCGCCUUAAAGGUUGCAAUCCUCUGGAAAUGGAUCAGGAGCAGCGGGAUAAGUGCCUGUCCCAAGUGCAGGCUAGGGAUCUCACCAAGUUCGGCAUGAUACCGGAGUUCGUUGGCCGUUUUCCGGUUGUAGUUCCCUUCCGUAGCUUGAAUGCGAGCAUCUAUGUGCGCAUCCUAACCGAACCGCGCAAUGCUCUAGUCCAUCAGUACAAGGCACUGCUGGGUUUGGAUGGAGUUGACCUGACCUUUACCGAGGAGGCCAUUGAAUCGGUAGCCCAACUGGCGAUGGAUAGGAACAUGGGAGCUCGCGGACUACGCUCUAUAAUGGAACAACUGCUUCUGGAUCCCAUGUUUUUAGUGCCCAGCUCGAAUAUUCGGCGAGUUCACAUUACGGGCGAUUGUGUCAGGGGCAGGUCCCCACCCGAGUACAGCCGUGUACCGAACGACCCGGCUUCUGGAGUCAAUUCCGUCGACGUCCCGUCUUCCGAAACCAUUGCCAUUGAAGCUAAAACCAUUUGAACUUAUAGAAGAAUUCAAAUCUCAACAUAUUUCAGUGCCAUACCCACGUUUUCUUUUGUUAUGUCUUGCAGGGACGUAAAUGCAGUUCCUAUUAUAAUACUCAAAUCGAAUUUAAGAAUUAUGUUAGCGUAGUGUAAAAAAAAUAAGUUAGUAAUUUGUUCGUCACAAUCUCACAAUGUAAACAUUACAUGUCCUUAAAGGAUAGUUAUAUUAAUAGCCUGUCAAAGCGGUGCUAAAAAAACUCAACAGUUGUUAAAACGUAAAGUAAAUGUUUUUACUUUUAAGUGAAAAAAGAAUAUAAUAAGUCAAAAAUAUGUACAUAAUACUAACGACAAUAAAAUAUAAAUAAGAUUUUUUA